AUGGAAGAAAUCGAAAAAGAGCUCCUGCACGGACAAAGUGCACAAGGUCCUUUGACUGCUGAAGAAGUCUAUUACAUGACCGAAAAGAGUGGUCUGUCUGAAAGCUUCCCUCUGUUCACCGCAGUACACCGAAUUUGCAAAGGAGAAAUGAAACCGAAUGAUCUGGUGGCGUGCUUACGAUCUCAUCCUGAGCAUACGGAUCUCAUGCUGAAGUAG